AUGUCAAUGUCACCGCUGUCACCGACAACUAUAUCACGUCAUUUCCCCCCAUUUUUCCAUUAAUUUUUUCACGUAAUUUUUUUUUGUCCUCGUUAAAAUUCCUUUUUCGAAAUUAUUUGUGAUACGUACGAUCGUAAAUUAAUAAUGUUUUAGAGCAGCCCGGCCUCGAGGAACAGAAGUAAUUCUAGUACGCGUUACGCAUUCUUGAGCAUGAGACAAUACCCGGGAGCGUCUCGGGAUCAGUCAAGCGAACUUUUUCUAGUGUAAAUGGAACGGUUUCAAUACGAAGUCCUCCUCACGUAUCGCGAAAAUGGCGAGCGAAUAUUUAAUGGCGAUUUUAAAAAGCACCGUGGGCGUCGAAGAAAAGAGGGAGGAGGGAGAUGGACCGCCGUCUGCGCCCCCUUCUUUUUGUCCCAGCUCCAAGAACAGUUCUGUUGGGGACUUUGAGGACUUGGACCAUCGUAAAGAGAGUUACACUUUGUUUGAAGAAGACACGAUGGGGGGCGUUCGUUCACCAGGAGCGGCCCGAGGCCGAACAGUCAAAGAGUUCGAAGAUCAACUGACGAGCCUCAAAAAGGAAAAUUUCAACCUCAAGUUGCGCAUUUACUUCCUCGAGGAGAAGAUGGGCGUGAAUUUCAACCUUAAUAGCGACAACAUCGUGAAACAGAACGUCGAGCUUAAAGUGAACCUGGCGAACUUGCACUCGGAGGCGAACGAGAAGCACAAACUGUUGGGCGAGGCCGUUGCCGCUUUGGAGAUCCAGGACGAGGAACUGGUCAAGAGCAGGGAGUUGAUUAAGACGAAGGAGGAGGAGAUUAGUCAGUUGCAACAGGAGUUGGAGAGUGUACGCUUACAAUUACAGGACGUAAGAUCUUUCAAUAAUACCGAAACAGUGUCAUGCGAUUCGGGACGAAGGUCCGAGCCCGAAUACCAGUUUGCAACCGAAUUUAUCCCCGUGGUAGAUAGUAAAGAGCACAGAUUUGGAUAUUCUGAUUUGGAAAAACAUCAAAGUCAAUUGGCGAACUACGUCUACGAUAAGGCGGAAAACCUACGGCUCCAAAUCGAUUCCCUACAAAAAGACUGCGAACUGAAGGACCAAACCAUCGAGAGUCUGAACCAAGAACUGUCGUCGGUUAACGGGCGCCUCAUCGAUUUUGCUCAGCAAGUUAAAGAGUACGAGGAAAAGCUCGCGGCGCAACACCAAAAGGUCAACCUGUUGGUCACCAAGGUGCAAGAGGAGCAAAAAGAAAAACAGAAAUUGAAGACUCAAUUGGCCGCGGUUAAUCAGAAAUUCAGCAUCGUUAAAUUCGAAAUGGAGCAAGAGCGUGAGGAGUUGCAACGCGACCGUAAGUCACUAGAGCGGGCCAACAUGAUGCUCGAGAUGCGGGUGGCGAAUCUCGAGAGCAAAAAUCGUAAACAGGGCGAGGUGAUGACCGAGCAACUGAUGAAACUGGAACGGGCCGCCGCCGAGGCGAAGAAAAACCAAGAGUUAGCGGUGUCGUGUGCCCCCACGGAACAAUCAGACCACUCUAAUACUGACGCCCGUUUUAUUUCAGUUCCAGACCCAGAAACACCUAAAAGAUUUGCGCAAGAGGGCGCAUUACACCUACAGAUAGAGAGUUUCGGUAGGGCCGCGGAUAAAGGCGUUUCGGCGUCUAAAAACUCGCUUCCGUCAACACCGGACGGGCAAAACUUGUCAACAUUCGAACAUUUAUUGAGCAGCAAUAUGAGCGGCGACACGCAAAUGAAAAUCCGUUCGAAGUUCCUCUCGGUCAAGAAGGAUUUCGAGGCUCAAAAGCAAAAAAUAGUGACGCUAAAGAGCGAUCAACUAAAGGCGUGCGCGAUCAUCAAGAACAUGAUCGCAUAUCAGAAUAAGGCCAAGGAGGAGAUCGCCGAGUUAAAGAAGGCCAAGAAAGACCUGGAGAGGGAGUUGGAGAGUGUCGUUUCGCAACCUCAAAAGGAUAAGGCAUCCAUCCCACUUCAAGCCAUCAAGAAAUCCGAAUUGAACGUCGAAUCAUCUGUAACGUCGCCGGCGAACGAGGGCGGCGACCAUAUGGACCACGGGUACGACGACGGAGCCCGAGAGUGCCCCGCGGGGCGCCGCGAUUUGCCGAAUGUCGUUGUGGACAACGAAAUCGUGGACCAAUACAAGAGGCUCGUCUCGGAACUAGAAGCCAAAAUUGAGGUCCUAGUAGAAACCCUUAAAGAAAAGGACUCACAGAUGCAGUACAUCCGUAGCCAGUACGACGAGGUGCUAAAAACCCUGGAAGAGAAAGAAAACCGAAUAACCGAUUUACAAAUCGAGCUUCUAGCGGGGGGCGAUAAAAAUUACAACGUGGACAAGUCGAUGUUGGAAAAGGGAGAUUCUGGGUCGGAGAAGCACAGCACCUUUUACAAGCAAGAGAUGGAGGAGAAAAACAAGGAGAUUGAAAGGUUAAAUACCGAGCUGAAAAAGUGCACUUGCUACCUGCAAGAAAUCGUUAACAAAGAACUCUGGGAGAAGAACAGAGAAAUUGAAAAACUACAUAAAAAACAGGAAAGCUCUUCGGAAGUAAUAAAAUUGAAAAAGGAAUUAUCUUUCAAAGAAUCACAACUGAGAUUAUUGAAAGAUAAAAUUGACGAACUGGGCUUGGACAUUAAAAUACCCGCCGGCGAGGAGGGAUUGGAAUUUAAGGAUCUUUCAUCUCCCAAGAGGAAUAUGCAGAAUAUUAAGGUUUUACAGGAUCAACUGAAGGCGGCCAAAGAGGAAAAAAGAUUCUUCGAGGAGCGCGUGACCGUCUUGGAGCAGCUCGAUCAGGAAAAGGAGGACCUUCGAGUGCAGUUGGAGCGGAGCGAGCAGCUGCGCAUCGAAACGAACGACGUCUGCGCUGCGUUAAGCUCCCGAUUGGAGGAACUCGCCGUUUUCCUGGAUUCGUUGCUUAAACAAAAAUCGGUGCUGGGACUGUUGGGUUCGGCGAAGAAUCGGAAACUGAGAGAGAUUAUCAGUAGUAGUUUGGAUAUGUCUAGAUCCUUUAAUAUGAGCCAAUUGGGAAACCCGGAUCAAAGUUUAGCGCAGCUCUCCAACAUAACGGCCUUUUUAAAUGGUUCAGUGUUUCAACAACUGAGCCUAGCCGACGAGGAAGCCUUAGAAGACGUCGAGGGGCACCUCAGCAUCUUACCCGACAACAUAUCGUUAACUUAUGAGAAUCAUUUGUACAAAAAGAGCAACGAAAACGAGCGAGGUAAUGAGGAAGUGAUAGCGGCCUUACGGCAACAGGUGGUAAACCUAAAGACCGAACUGCAGGUACGCGACAAUGAGUUAAACCGUCUACAAGGUGACAGAGAAAGCGGCGUGGACAGACUGAGCGACAGCGACGGAGACAACGGUGCGGUCCAAGGGUUUAAUUUGACCCCGAAAAGUUCGUCGGGUACGUUAAAGGCCCUACGGAGCGAAGUGAAUAGCGAGAGCGAGGCGUGGAGCGAACCAGACCGAGCAGUUUCCAGAGCUCGAAUUGGUCUAAAUCGUUCUAUACCCGUCGCCCACAUUCCCGGAUCCCGUUACAAUCAUGGUGAAUCGACCGAGGACGAGUUUUUCACACCGUCGAAAAGGCGCAGCACCUUAAUAGAACUGAGCCAGGACGUGCACAGGCUGCAACAAGAACUCGACUUAAAAUCCGAACAAUUUGUCGAAAAUGCCGUCAUCUACAGGCAGGAGUUGGAAAAGUUACAGAGCGAGGCUCAAGAAAGUGGAGAGAAAUUUGCGAGGGCGGAGGUGGAACGUGCGGCCGCUUUAGAAAAAGUCGCCCAGUUGCAACGCGAGUUGGAUUUGGUUAAAGAGGAAUGUAAACAGUCGCUGUUGGGUAAAGAUAAGGAGAUGAACAACAAGAUUAACCAGCUGGAGAUGGAGAAACAGAGGAUUAUGGAGGAAUCUGAGGCCUACGCCAAGCAGAUGCUUGAAGCUCUUGAGAAGGUCAAGGCCCUUGAAGAAUACACUAACCAUAUGGAGACAAAACUGAGGAAAGAAUACGAAGAAAGUGUAAUCACUAAGCUGAAAAAUGCUGAAGAAACGUUUGCUCAAAAAUUGAAAUCUGUCGAGGAAAAGUGCGAUGCAGAACUAAAAAUAGCCCAAGAAAAUAUCAAAAUUAUACAAGAAGAAUACGCUAAAGACUACGUGCGAAAAUCCGAAGCAGAGAAACUAAGCAAAGAAUUGGCCGACCUGAAAUCGGAAGUCCAUUCGUACGAAGAAACCAUCAUCACUUACAGGGAACUAGAAACCACCGUCCAACAAUACAAGAAGCAAAUCGCGUCUUUGCAAGCGGACCUAGAUACCACCACCGCCCUCUGUUGUCAGUUGGAAAAAGACAAUGCGGAAAUUGGUCAAGAAAAGUUGCACUUGAAGGAUACUGUAUCGCAACUGAAGGCGAAAUACGAGGAGCAAACUGCCGCGUUGCAAAAGCAAAAAAGCAACUUGGAAUUGAGGGUGAGCGAGCUGGAGAGUUGCAAUGCCGAGUUACACAAUAGACUGAUCAAGGCGCAGACCAGUCGUUUUAGUUUGGGUUUGAAUGCGACUUUGCCGGCUACUAUUGCUUCUGCUAAACCUUAUAUAAGGCAAUUUUCCGACCAUACGUAUAAUAGCUCCGAGGAAACCGCCGACGAAUCACACGGUUUCGCCUUUAAUAAGACUCCUCAGGAUAAUUUAGUUUUGCAGCCCGCCGCGGCCGAGGCCGACAGGGUCGAAUCGAACUCGUCGCCCGACUUGGGUAUCGAAAGCGACCACGGAAGGUUUUCAAGCUUAGAAACAAACGGGAACAACAUAAUAAGACCUUUACUGCCAACCAUCGAACUGACUGAAUCCAUGAACAAUUUAUUUGACAGCCAAAAUAUCGAUCCUGAUGCGAAUAAAUCAGCACACCAUUGUUGCCAAAAAUCGCGAGAAAUCGCCGAAGAAAAUAACGAGCUGAAACGUAAACUGCAUCGCAUGAAAACCGCGUUGGAGGAGACGGCGACCCAACUGAAGGUGGCCAACCAAAAGAAGAAACUGGUCGAAAAGAAUAUUUGCAAGCAGUUGCACAAGACCAGUGAGGUUUUACGAAAGGCCAAAGUGAAUCUCGAUUCGGGGUCUGAGAGUGACGUUUUACGCUCUUGAGGUUUUUUACUUAACUAAUUUGACGUUUUACUGUUUACCCGUAGAAAACAUCACCGUCCUAAUUUUACUUUUAAUUAUUUACUUAAAUGAUCUUCGUUUUUUGUAUUGUCUAAGAACGUCUUUUAUGUUUGUUUACUUGUAUAUUAAAAAAUCCUUUUUGUUUA